CGGUUAAAGAAAAUAGAGUUAACACAACGGACGGGCUAGAUUGAUCAUAUAGAAAAGUCAUUUGGUUGUAUUUUAAUUGUAUCGCCGCUAACUUUCUAACCCUCUGAAAUUCUCAAACUGCUUCCCAAGGCUGUGAACCUCAUCGUAGCCUCGUAGGAAUAAAAAAGCCCUAAAAUGGAGACGGAAUUGAACAAGGUCUUAAGUUGGGAGAUAGACAACCCCUCUGAAAGGACCGAUGUGAUGAAGUCGGAUACCUUCUCAAGUGGCGGCUGCAAUUGGUUUCUUGGCGUUUGUGCUCGUGAUCACCUGUAUAUGUACCUGAAAGAUGUGGAUACUCAUAAGUUGAGACCUGGAUGGAAAAGGAGAGUUAGCUUUUGCUUCGUUUUGUUGAACAAAUCCGGCAAAGAGCUUUUUAGGUCACCAGACGAAGGCAGAUGCAGAUUGUUUUGCGCUGAGGCCCCAGACUGGGGUUUACCUAGGACGUUUCCUUUGACGAAGCUCCGAGAAAAAGGGUUUCUGGAGAAAAACAAACUAACCAUUGAAGUCUACAUGAAAGUAUUUGAAGUUGUUCAAGAAGGAAAAUCAACUGAGAAUGAUGUUUUAGAUUACAAUGGUUUCCAUAUUUUUGCUUCUCAAGCUAAUCCAGUGGGAGAUAUCUCUAUAGAUCAUCCAGACUUUGCAUUAGAUGUCAUACCAAAGAACCAAGCGGUGAGAACAGUAUACAUGAAUCUCCUGCUCGGCCUUGUGGAGACGCUGAGAAAGUCUCCACAGAGCUUGUCCGUGACUGAACUACGGAAUGCUCAAAGUGAAUUGACUCAGCUGACAGAAGCAGGCUUUAAGCUCGACUGGUUGAAUUCAAAGAUUCAGGAGCUUUCCUUGGAGAGGAAGAAAGUACUCUCUGAUGGGCCUUGGGUCACACAACUCGAGGAACAUGUCAAGAUAAUGGAACUGAAUUUGGCAGAUCUCAAAGUUGAACUGAACAAGGAGAAGGUCAGAUCUAUCAUUUCUUCUCAAGCUAGUCCAGUGGGAGAUAUCUCAGCACAUCUCCCAGACUUUGCAGUAGAUGUCAUACCAAAGAACCAAGGGGUGAAAACAUCAUACAUGAAGGAAGCGUGCUUCAAUUAUGACUCGUUGAAUUCAAGGCUUGAGGAGCUUUCCUUGGAGAGGAAGAAAACACUUUCUGAUGGGUCUCGGAUCCAACAGCUCGAGGAACACGUCAAAAAUUUGGAACUGACAUUGUCGGAUCUGAAAGUUGAGCUGGACAAGGAGAUGAUCAAAUCUGCUCAAGUUUCUUCGUUUGAUUUUGUAGAUUUUUUAAUAAAGAGAUUUUUUCUCUCUUGUUUCUCUAUCUCAAAAUACUAAAACUAUAAGUGUAUGUUUUAUUAUAAUCAGACUCCAAGGUUGAGUUUCA